UAAGAGAAGGGAGUCGACUGGAAGCUAUUUUUUAUUUCCAGUCAACGAAGACCAUAGAGACCUAGGCAGUGAUUGGCAGUUCAGCUUAAUACUGGAUCGGAUUCCUGACGUCAGCGGUGGACAAUGAAAAGAAAAGAAAACUUUAUUAAGAUAAUAUGAUUACCAGCUGAUCGUAUUAACCUCCAUUAUGCAGAGAGUAAGGAUCUAUUAUUUCAUUAAGAAGUUGGUACUGAAGAGAUUAUUUCUUUAGUGAAUUCAUUUACCACUGACAUACAAAAAAUAUCUACUUAUUAAGAACAUUAGUCAAAUCCGAGAUUGGGUGUCGGAGAAAUAACGUGUACAAGCUUUUGGCCAGACAGACACACAGACAGACAGAAACUGCAAGAGAAAAGGCACGCAUUUGGAAGAGUGUAAUCUAUUUAGUGCUUCGUGUUUAAACUGUCGUGUACAUAGCAAUGCAUUUAUGCUAUUUAGAUGGAAAUUGUGACACUGGCUUACAUUUUGAAACGAUCUUUGAGAAGCGCUGAUCUAACCUUCGUAGAUGUUUAAAUAAAAGUAAUAGGGACAUAACAUAGAGAUUUUUAAAGUAAAAACUAUAGUUUCAUCAAUAUGAGGAUUCCAUGACAGUUUUUCAUUUAUUAUAACACCAAGGUCAUAAAGUAACAAUGUCAUUCCUAGCUGUCAGCCAGCGGUAGUAAACAAAUGGACACCAAAUCCAGUUCUGGGUCGUCGACCUGGUCAUCUCCACUUGAAGGGUGGGCGGUGUCCCAGAAGCGGCUGUCCAGCGAUUUGAGCUACAUGCACCGCCCGCCCAGGAUUGCCCCCAACUAUGGAAGGAAGUACAAGGAAGCACUUCGGCUGAAAACGAAACUUCCGCGCGUGCUUCUCUAUGAUAACGUGACCGAACAGACGGUGCUAGAUGUUCAGCUGUCUGGAAUUGUGUCCCAAAGAUCAAAAGCCAAACGAGAAUUAGAACUGCAGAAGAAGUCCUUCAUCUUGAGGAAACAGUUUAAAGACAAAGCGUUAAAGAAACUGACCAAGGUGCACCAUGGGAAGGACUACGAGCAGUUUGAGCUAGAGUACUAUGGCUAUCUGUCCGAGGGGAAUAAUGACGUGGAUGGGUCCUACACCAAACUGCCCAAAGCUGGAUCACUGCCUGACAUUAGAGUGACCAACGGGCACGCAUCCAAGAAUAGAAAGACAAUGACAAAAAGGCGGGGGAAUGUACGCACCAACUCCGAUAACGCGCUUUUGACCAAAUCCUUUGAAGAAACUGAUGAUAGUGCUCCAGUGGUUUUGCCGCCCAUAGACGAUGCUCUUUUGCACGCCGCUUCUUAUGAAGUCACAAAUGCAGAGAACUCGCUUUCUGAGCCCAAGUCCGCUGAGCCAACGUCUGCUCAUGAGCUGAACCCUACAAGGCGGAUAGGGUACAGCUAUGACAAGGGGCGAGAAGGGACGACCCGAAUUUUCCACACCAUGUCUCGUGGCAACAGUGACGUCACGCAAGACGCCAUCGCCGCCAUCACCAAUGCGAAUCAACCGGACGAUACUAAUGAACAGUUGGGUAUCGAUACUGAACAGCCUACUUUGACAGAAACUAAUAAGCCUGCCUCGGUUCAUGAGGUCGGCGAGUCUACCAGCGCCAAAGUGAAAACGUUCAACGUAUCACAUCCUGUUUUAGACAUUCGUUUCGAGCUUCUACAGAAAGUUCUGAUUCGACAGGAUCCGCCCAACGAAGGAUUUCUUGAGCUGAGCCCAAGUUUUAAAAGAGCUACUCCAGAAAAAAAGAAAGACCUCCGAGGCCACGAAAAACAUUUGGAUUCCACGGCUGACACAGCGCAUGGCGACCAAAGUAGUUAGAAGACACGGGAGUUAACUCAUGUUUUGUCAGAAAACAAAUUUUUCACGAAUACAGGAAUGUCGAGAAAAACAACUCCUCCAAUGGAGCUAUCAAGCUUUUUGGACGUUUUCUGAAUUCAGAGUAAAAUUUCUAUUGAGGCUGAAAUGCUCACUACAUAGAGGUGGAGUAAGUGCUAUUUUAACUUAGAUCUGCCCCGAAACGCAAACUUGCUACUGUUCAUUUUUCAACUGAACCAGUUCUGAGACGACAUUUAAGGAGAGUAACAUUUCUACAGAAUGUGCAGCCAGGGGUAGCAACUAUGUAUGAAUCGAAUCCUAGAUCAUCGUUUUACCUUCUAGACGACUUGCCAGCCAAAUUUUAGCAAUAAUGAAGAACUUAAACUAAAACCAGUUGUUCCUAAUUUCAAGAAAGUUCACGAGCCAUACAGUAGGGGCCUACUAUUCAACACCCAAUUUCAAGAAAGUUCACGAGCCAUACAGUAGGGGUCUACUAUUCAACACCCAAUUUCAAGAAAGUUCACGAGCCAUACAGUAGGGGCCUACUAUUCAACACCCAAUUUCAAGAAAGUUCACGAGCCAUACAGUAGGGGCCUACUAUUCAACACCCAAUUUCAAGAAAGUUCACGAGCCAUACAGUAGGGGCCUACUAUUCAACACCCAAUUUCAAGAAAGUUCACGAGCCAUACAGUAGGGGCCUACUAUUCAACACCCAAUUUCAAGAAAGUUCACGAGCCAUACAGUAGGGGCCUACUAUUCAACACCCAAUUUCAAGAAAGUUCACGAGCCAUACAGUAGAGGCCUACUAUUCGACACCCAAUUUCAAGAAAGUUCACGAGCCAUACAGUAGAGGCCUACUAUUCGACACCCAAUUUCAAGAAAGUUCACGAGCCAUACAGUAGAGGCCUACUAUUCGACACCCAAUUUCAAGAAAGUUCACGAGCCAUACAGUAGGGGCCUACUAUUCGACACCCAAUUUCAAGAAAGUUCACGAGCCAUACAGUAGGGGCCUACUAUUCGACACCCAAUUUCAAGAAAGUUCACGAGCCAUACAGUAGAGGCCUACUAUUCGACACCCAAUUUCAAGAAAGUUCACGAGCCAUACAGUAGAGGCCUACUAUUCAACACCCAAUUUCAAGAAAGUUCACGAGCCAUACAGUAGGGGCCUACUAUUCAACACCCAAUUUCAAGAAAGUUCACGAGCCAUACAGUAGAGGCCUACUAUUCGACACCCAAUUUCAGCUGUUUUUUGCUAUGAACACGAAAACUACUUCUGAGGUGAACUCUACGUUAACAAACUACUAGAAUAUUUUCAGUGCUUGUGUUUGUCUGUUGACUAUGCAGCGUGUCAACUGGUCAUGUGUUGCAUUCAAAGCUUAUGAAAAAAAAAAACAAAAGCGUGGACUCUGAAGACUGAGUUGGAAAAUGUGACUUGAGUUUCUCAUUGCGUUUCUGAUUUUUGCAAUUGCCAUGCACAAAACUCUAUGACUUCAGCAUGAUUAUUGCACAUUGAAAAUUGUGUGACUUUGUUUAUUGUUAUUACAUUUCUAAAGGUCACACACGAGAUUUCCGUUAUAGAACUACACUUGACAUUAGUUUGGUAUGCAUUAUGCAACACACAUUAGGUGUGUAAUAAGAACAGGACAUGCCGACCUAUUUUUGCACAAAUUUUAACCCAUGUAUUUUAUUGGUAUCGAGCAACUUGUUUAUUUUGUAAGUUUACGACAUCCAAGCCCAAACCUCCUGCUGUAUUGACGGCAGGUUUCUAUCUCCUGACCAUCAUUACGACAACCCACGGCACAUACUACAGCAGUCAGCUAUUUAUUUUUUCAAUACAUCAGUAUUUAUCCAAGUACUAAUAGUGCUAAUGACUUGAUAUAAGAUAACGUAUUUACUGUCAUGGUCUAAUGGAGAAUUCACUUAGUCCUUCAAUGUCUUCAAAAAGUCAAAUAUCUGUUCAUUCUUUCGUGUUAUCAAACCAGCUCCAGACAAACUUUUAUGAGAAAUCCUUUUUGUUUAUCGUGUUGGAUGACUGUCUUAACUUUUCUUAAAUGUUAUUGUACAACGAAAUAAUAAUAACCUUUUCCUCAACUAGGCAAGAUGUGUGUGGCAGGGAAAAGUUAGGACAGUAAAAAAAUUGGUAGAUAAAUGAAACCUAAAGGGGGAGAGGUAUUUCGCAAUUUCAGUCCCUAAUGACACAACACAUAGGCAUACAGAUUGAGGAAAUGUACCUGCAUUUACUAGCAUGGAUAAUUAAGCACUAUCAUUCUAUCUUCAACUCUGUGUGAUGCAAUGAAGCAUGUCAUUUAUGUUUUUAAGUGCUACAAAAUGUGAACUGUUAAUGCGAGAUUUUCAUACAGGACAGUAGAUCCCUAAAUAACAAGAUUGUUGGUCUGUCUGGUGUACAAACAACGGAAGCAUGAAUAACCAAGUAUUUUAAUAAACCAUUUAUAAGGUGUUUUUUUUCAUCUUUAAGGAACCGUAGAAUUAAAUUUCUAAUUAAUUUUUACUAAGCUUAUAUUAACUCACUCUGUCUGUCUAGUAAAACGUUUGCACACGUUAUUUCUCCCACACCCAUUCUCGGAUGAAGUUGAAACUUUGCACAAAUAUUUAUUGGCAUAGACAAGACAUGAAUCAAUUUUUAAAAAAUUACCAAUUAAUUACUGGUAAUCAAUUAUUUUGUUUGAAACCGACAAGGAAAAUUAGGUCGUCACUUAAAAGUUUGAAACUAUAAAUAAAUAACUAUAAAACCUUCUAUUUUGAUAAGCACUUCACUCGCAGUGGUCAAUGUAAUGGUACAACGCAGUGGUUAAUGCACUAGCAUGACGCAGUGGUUAGUGCACUAGCAUGACGCAGUGGUUAGUGUACUAGCAUGACGCAGUGGUUAGUGCACUAGCAUGACGCAGUGGUUAGUGCACUAGCAUGACGCAGUGGUUAGUGCACUAGCAUGACGCAGAGGUAAGUGUACUAGCAUGACGCAGUGGUUAAUGCACUAGCAUGACGCAGUGGUUAGUGUACUAGCAUGACGCAGUGGUUAGUGCACUAGCAUGACGCAGUGGUUAAUGUACUAGCAUGACCUAGUGGUUAGUGUACUAGCAUGACGCAGUGGUUAGUGUACUAGCAUGACGCAGUGGUAAAUGUACUAGCAUGACGCAGUGGUUAGUGUACUAGCAUGACGCAGUGGUUAAUGCACUAGCAUGACGCAGUGGUUAGUGUACUAGCAUGACGCAGUGGUUAAUGUACUAGCAUGACGCAGUGGUUAGUGUACUAGCAUGACGCAGUGGUUAAUGUACUAGCAUGACGCAGUGGUUAGUGUACUAGCAUGAGAAGGCUUGAGCCCUCGAGUUCUAAUUAAAGUCAUACAGCUUUUUUUAUAAAUAAAAUGGAUUUAAAAAGCGAUCAUGGUAACAUCAUUCUUCCCCCCCCCCCCUUCCUUUUCCCAACUGGUCCAGACAUGUGACAGGAUCAUGUGACAGCAUCAUAGUGCAUUAAGAUAGCUAAAAGCAUGAAUUGCACUAAAUAAAAACAAUUAUUAGUAACAAGAAAAACAUGCAAAAUACUUUUUUUUAAAAACCAAGCGUAAUUGUAUCAAUUAGUUUGAAUCAGUCAUGUUAUUAAGUUUAUAAUAGAUCUAGACCAACAACAAUAAAUCUGUGCGAUUAAAUUUUUUUUU